GCAUUCGCCGUUAGAACAUAGUCUACAGUCCUAAUUCAGGAGGUUACUACACAAUUAAAAUGAAAUUCUUGGUCGUUUUUGCCGCCGCUUUGGCCGUUGCCUCUGCUGGCUUUGUUGCACCAGUUGCCCCAAUUGCUCCAGUGGCAUACCCCGCCCAACACUUGCCAGUUAUUGGACCCAACGGUGUCCCAGUUGAUACCCCAGCUGUCCAACAAGCCACCGCUGCCCAUUUGGCCCAUAAAGUUGAAGCUCAUGCCCGCAAUGGUGACUUUGCUGUCUACCCACACGCCCCAGUUGUUGCUGCCGCCGCUCCAGUUGUUGCUCAUGCCCCUGCUUUUGCUGCCGCCGCUCCAGUUGUUGCUGCUCAUGGUUACUACGGUCACCCAGCUGCUUACCCAACCACCGCUGUCCACCCAACUUCCGUAAACGGUGUCCCAUUGGAAACCCCAGAAGUUGUUGCUGCUAAGACCAAGCACUUCGCCGCUCACGCCGAAGCCCUUGCCCGCACCGGACAUGUUGCUGGUGUUGCCCCAAUUGCUCCAGUCCACCACUUGUACCGUCGUAGCCCAGUCUAUGCCCCAUACGCCUAUGGAGCUUACGGUGCCUACCCAUACGCCGGUCACGCUUACGGUGCUUAUGCCUAUGGUGCUUACCCACAUUACUAUUAAGCAAUCCACAUCAUGAUUCUCUGUAUCUCACAACUCAAUAAGUCAAGUCUUAAGUCAAUAGUUACAUUAAUUACAAUUUACAAAUAGCAAAGCGACCAAGAAAUUAACAAAAAAUAUGAAUAAACAAUGAAAAAUUAAA